AAAUUUUCGUAACACGUUUCAAUAAUCAUUCACACCUGAUCGAUUCAUUCAAUAAACAUUGGAGAUGGGUUGCAAAUUGUUUUUGUUUUUAACCGCUUUGGUUUGUUUUCAUCUCGUAGUAGCUAAUCAGGAUGUCGAGGAAUUAAAUAGGAAUUGGGUUAUUGAUCAACUCUGCAACCCGAUUUUGUCUAUAUGUGAUAGUCUAUGUCAUAAUUUACAUGAUGAUGUUUUGGAUGGCAUUAAAUGGAAGCUAUCAUCAGUUAUAGAUAAAGUAGGAGUUAAUGGUGAAGAGUCAAAAGUAUUUAAAAAUGCCCUUUUUGGAUUAGUAGAAGUUGUUGAUCAAGGAUCACGUAACCUCAAGGAACAUCGUGUUGAAAUGUGCUCACUUUGUCAAGAAGUUCAGAACUUAUGUAAUCAAGUAUUAUUUGAUAAUUAAAGUAUAUAUUCUUUUAGAACGAAAAAUAAAGAAAAUGAUUUUACAC